UUUACCCCCUGUUUGCGGGAGCAUAAUUUACUAAAUAUUCAAAAAUGGAGAGAGACAAAUCAUCUCUCUUAGAAGAAGCUCACGCAGAGUUCAACAACAAAAACUUCAAACAGGCAGAAGAAUUAUACACACAGUUCAUCAAGUCAUGCAACGAAACAAGUAAAUGUGACACAAACGACCUUGCUGUCGCCUUCAAUAACCGUGGCCAGAUCAAAUAUUUACGAGUGGACUUCUACGAGGCGAUGGAUGACUACACCUCUGCGAUAAAAGUAAACAGCCAAUUUGAAGUUCCGUUUUAUAACAGAGGACUGAUUCGCUACAGACUCGGUUUUUUUGAAGAUGCAGAGAGUGACUUCCGAAAGGUGCUGGAACUGAACUCUAAUUUUGAAGACGCCAGACAAAGCUUAGAGCAAACCAGACUUGACCGUGAAGAGAAACAAAGGAGAGGCUAUUGAAUGUCCUCAGGAUCAUUUCAUUGAUCUGCCAAGAAAGAGUGAUCCACACACAUGAGCUGAAUUAGUGCUAAUAGUAUCUUAAAAUCACCUUAGUAACAGUUUUUCAGCACGUGUUUUAUAUGAAUUUUCCUCCACAGGUUUUUGAAUAAGUGCUGGUUAGAGAAUCAUGUAGGUCACAAGCCAAAACACUGGUAUUGCCAAGGCUGACACUGGACUGAUUUAAAAUGGAUGCUCUGCACCUCUGUACCUCACAUGGGCUUAUGAAGGGUCACAUGGGCUUAUGAAGGGUCACAUGGGCUUAUGAAGGGUCCUGGUUCUAUGCCUUUCUGCCUGCAUCUCUCCCAACACUGCACUGAGACGACACAAACCUCCACAGACAGGCCUCAGAGACACUGAGACAACACAAACCUCCACAGACAGGCCUCAGAGACACUGAGACAGCAUGACCAGCCUCCACAGACAGGCCUCAGAGACACUGAGACAACACAAACCUCCACAGACAGGCCUCAGAGACACUGAGACAAAUUCACAGGUCAUCCACAGACAGGCCUCAGAGACACUCAGACAAAUUCACAGGUCAUCCGUGUCUUCGCAAAAACACAGAGGGAGAGGAUGCCGUGGUGGAAAAAACUAUUAGAAGUUUCAAAUUUAAUGUUCAGCAUCAUCGUACAUGCCCUCAACUUAUAAUUUAUCAGUCAAAUUCAUAAUUUAAAGACUUGAAUUAUUUAAUGCUUACUGAGUCAUAAUUAUCUGACAGGGAGACUUAUGUCUUAUGUCAAACAUCUCAUUGGAGUCGUUCAUAAAUAUUAGUUAACAUUUUUUUUCUCUUCAGAUCCACAUUUCUGCCUAAUAAACCUUAAAAACUGGGUUUGAGGAAACAUCUUUCUGCCUAAUAAACCUUAAAAACUGGGUUUGAGGAAACAUCUUUCUGCCUAA